CUCCCCUCCCCGGCCCCGCGGGGCGGCCGCGCUGCCCUGACGAGGCGGGGAGGGGAGGGCUGGACCGGCCGGCGGCCGGGCGACCAUGCCGAACUUCUGCGCUGCCCCCAACUGCACACGGAAGAGCACGCAGUCCGACCUGGCCUUCUUCAGGUUCCCACGGGACCCGGCCAGAUGCCAGAAAUGGGUUGAGAAUUGCAGGAGAGCAGACUUAGAAGAUAAAACACCUGAUCAACUAAAUAAGCAUUAUCGACUAUGUGCCAAACACUUUGAGGCCUCUAUGAUUUGUAGAACUAGUCCUUAUCGGACCGUUCUUCGAGAUAAUGCAAUACCAACGAUAUUUGAUCUUACCAGUCACUUGAACAAUCCACAUAGCAGACACAGAAAACGAAUAAAAGAAUUGAGUGAAGAUGAAAUCAGGACACUGAAACAGAAAAAAAUUGAGGAAACUUCUGAACAAGAACAGGAAACUAACAGCAAUGCUCAGAACCCUAGUGCAGAAGUGGGGAACCAGCAGGAUGGAAACAUUUUGCCUUUAACCCUUGAAGAGAAGGAGAACAAAGAGUACCUCAAAUCGUUAUUUGAGAUUCUGAUUCUCAUGGGAAAGCAGAACAUACCCCUGGAUGGGCAUGAGGCCGACGAGAUCCCAGAAGGCCUCUUUGCUCCAGAUAACUUUCAGGCGCUCCUGGAGUGCCGCAUCAAUUCUGGAGAAGAGGUCCUGAGGAAGCGCUUUGAGACCACAGCCGUCAACACGUUAUUCUGCUCGAAGACUCAGCAGAGACAGAUGCUGGAGAUCUGUGAGAGCUGCAUUCGGGAGGAGACGCUCAGGGAAGUGAGAGACUCGCAUUUCUUUUCCAUUAUCACAGAUGAUGUAGUGGACAUAGCAGGAGAAGAGCACCUGCCCGUGCUGGUGAGGUUUGUCGAUGAAGCUCAUAACCUGAGAGAGGAGUUUGUGGGUUUCCUACCGUAUGAAGCUGAUGCAGAGAUUUUGGCUGUGAAGUUUCACACUACAAUAACUGAGAAAUGGGGGUUGAAUAUGGAGUAUUGUCGUGGUCAGGCUUACAUUGUGUCCAGUGGAUUUUCUUCCAAAAUGAAAGUUGUUGCUUCAAGACUUUUAGAAAAAUAUCCCCAGGCUGUCUACACACUCUGCUCUUCCUGUGCCUUAAAUGCAUGGUUGGCAAAGUCUGUGCCUGUAGUGGGGGUGUCUGUGGCUCUAGGAACAAUUGAGGAAGUCUGUUCCUUUUUCCACCGGUCACCACAGCUGCUGUUAGAACUUGACAAUGUCAUUUCCGUUCUUUUCCAGAACAGUGAAGAACGGGGGAAAGAACUGAAGGAAGUUUGCCAUUCCCAUUGGACAGGCAGGCACGAUGCCUUUGAGAUCUUAGUGGAUCUCCUACAAGCACUUGUUCUGUGUUUAGAUGGUAUAAACAGUGACACAGAUAUUAGGUGGAAUAACUAUAUAGCUGGACGAGCAUUUGUGCUCUGUAGUGCAGUAACAGAUUUUGAUUUCAUUGUUACCGUUGUUGUUCUUAAAAAUGUAUUAUCUUUUACAAGGGCCUUUGGGAAGAAUCUCCAGGGGCAAACCUCUGACGUCUUCUUUGCAGCCAGCAGCUUGACUGCAGUACUGCAUUCACUUAACGAGGUGAUGGAAAAUAUUGAAGUUUAUCAUGAGUUUUGGUUUGAGGAAGCCACAAAUUUAGCAACCAAACUUGACAUUCAAAUGAAACUCCCAGGGAAGUUCCGGAGGGCCCAGCAAGGUAGCCUGGAACCUCAGCUAACCUCUGAGAGUUACUAUAAAGACACCCUCAGUGUUCCAACCGUGGAGCACAUCAUUCAGGAACUUAAGGACAUAUUCUCUGAGCAGCACCUCAAAGCUCUGAAAUGCCUCUCUCUGGUACCCUCAGUGAUGGGGCAGCUCAAAUUCAACACAUCAGAAGAGCACCAUGCUGACAUGUACAGAAGCGACCUCCCCAAUCCUGACACGCUUUCAGCCGAGCUUCACUGUUGGAGAAUCAAGUGGAAACACAGAGGGAAAGAUAUUGAGCUCCCGUCCACCAUUUACGAAGCCCUCCAUCUUCCUGACAUCAAGUUCUUUCCUAACGUGUAUGCCUUGCUGAAGGUCCUGUGUAUUCUCCCUGUGAUGAAGGUGGAGAACGAGCGCUACGAAAACGGACGAAAGCGUCUCAAAGCAUACUUGCGGAACACUUUGACAGACCAAAGGUCGAGUAAUCUGGCUUUGCUUAACAUAAAUUUUGAUAUAAAACAUGAUCUAGAUUUAAUGGUGGACACAUAUAUCAAACUCUAUACAAAUAAAUCAGAGCUUCCUACAAAUAAUUCAGAAACCAUUGAAAAUACCUAAAAGAUUUUUAAAAUGGCUGUUGUGUAAUAUUUGUUGUUUGGAAGAAAAGCGGUAAGGUAUCGCAGG